ACCCAUCUCCUCUCUGCCUCUACAUCAACUGAUACAGGCAGGCAGCCAAAGGGCUCUUGCAAAAUGCCUUUGUGUAUAAGGAACUUGGGAAAAGCGCAGGGUGAAGUGAUUACACAGUAACUGUACCGAUAAAGUUACAGAAAGUGAAUUUCCCUAUGACCCUGUGGUUUCACUACUGGAAUAAUAUGAAAAGAGAGAGACAAAGCUGGCUGCUAGCUGUGACGUGACAUCAACAAGGAAGUUACAGGAAAGAUUUGUUUAACGUGAUUUCAUUUACUUCUUAGAGCAUUGAUGACAUUACACUAACAAAACCAAAAAGUGAGUCAUAUGCGUAAUUGCUGCUUGGAGCUAUCAGGAUCUAUAUAAGGGUUUUAGCUCUGGUCUCGGGAGACAGAAAGCCAAACCCUUUCUGCACCAGCAAGGCUCCUCAUCAAGAUGGGCACCAUGCACUACCUCCUGCUUUGUGCUGUCAUCUUCCUGCCUGAGACUCCAGCUUUUCCAAUACAACUGAGACCAGCAUCAUGGAGCAGCAUAGACCUGGAGAAAGUAAAGAGAUAUCUUGAUACAUUCUUUCCAAUUUUGUCAAAAACACAACACCUAAGCAUAGAAGAAAGGAUUAAACAAAUGCAGAAGUUUUUCCACCUGACUGUAACUGGAAAAUUAGACAAAGAAACUGAAGAAAUAAUGACAAUGCCCAGAUGUGGUAUGCCUGAUGUAGCAGAAUACCAAACAUUUCCUGGAACUCCAAGAUGGGAAAAGACACAUUUAACUUACAAGAUUCUCAGUUAUACACAAGACCUACCCAGAAAGAAAGUGGAUGAUGCAAUUAGAAGGGCCUUGAUGGUAUGGAGUGAUGUGACUCCACUGCAAUUCCGAAGAGUUGACAGCGGCCGGGCAGACAUUGAGAUUAGAUUUGCACGUCGUGCGCAUGGUGAUGGAUCUCCUUUCGAUGGAAGAGGUGGCACGCUGGCCCAUGCAUUCGCACCUGGAGAUGGGAUUGGUGGAGAUGCUCAUUUUGAUGAUGAUGAGAAAUGGUCAGAUAUCAAUCAAGAUGUCAAUUUGUUCCUCGUUGCUGCUCAUGAAUUUGGCCAUUCUUUGGGACUUGCUCAUUCCAAUGUCCGUGGAGCUCUGAUGUACCCACUCUACUCAUACCAGAACCCACAAACCUUCAGACUUCCAGCUGAUGACAGGAGAGGAAUUCAGAAGUUAUAUGGGAAAAAGCCAUCAAACUCUUGAAGAAAGUUCCUAAUGAUGAUCAAAGAAUUCACAUCUCAUUGUUUUGGUCUUCCAAAACAAUUUUAAUCCUCCAGCAAAUUAAGAUGGUAAACUCCCUCGGCUGCACUUUCUCUCCCUGAACUUUACAUUGAUUUAUUUGCACUUUACACAAUUUUACCUAACAAAAAUAAUAAUAAAAAAAUGUUUACUCUGUU